AAAUCCCCGUUACAUAUAUUAUAUAUAUAUAUAUAUCUAUUUUCAUGAACUUCUGAAAAAAAAUCCGUCAUCAUAUUCAGGAUAGAGAAGAUGUCGGCGACCAAGUUCAGUCCUCGUGGCGGCGGUUGGAGAGGCCUGAAGAGUUUCGGCUUGCGCGUGAUUCUAGGCCGAUGGUUCAUGGUCUUCGCGUCGUUAUUAAUCAUGUCCGUCUCCGGUUCAACGUACAUAUUCGGCCUCUACUCCAACGACAUCAAAACAUCCUUAGGCUACGACCAAACGACACUCAAUUUGCUGAGCUUCUUCAAAGACAUGGGUGGCAACCUCGGAAUCCUGUCGGGGCUUAUCAACGAGAUCACGCCGCCGUGGGUGGUCCUAUCAAUCGGCGCAAUCAUGAACUUGUUCGGCUACCUCAUGAUAUGGCUCUCCGUCACCGGCCGUAUUGCGCAACCCCAGGUAUGGCAAAUGUGUAUGUAUAUAUUCAUCGGCGCAAACUCGCAGUCAUUUGCGAAUACCGGAGCUCUGGUCACGUGCGUCAAGAACUUCCCGGAAAGCCGCGGCAGUGUUAUCGGCCUUUUGAAGGGACUUGUUGGUCUGAGCGGUGCGAUUAUGACGCAGUUCUACCAUGCUCUCUAUGGGAAUAACUCAACGGCUCUAAUUUUGCUAAUUGCUUGGGUUCCGGCGGCUGUUUCCUUUGUGUUUCUUCGAACCGUUCGAAUCAUGAAAAUUGUUCGGCAAACGAACGAGCUCAAAGUUUUCUACAAAUUCCUCUAUAUCUCGCUUGGGCUUGCGGGAUUUCUCAUGGUUUUGAUUAUCAUACAAAACAGGCUCAGGUUUGCCAGGAUUGAAUAUGUUGGAAGUGCAUCUGUUGUUCUCAUCUUUCUGUUUCUCCCGGUUGCAGUAGUUAUCAGACAGGAAUCCAACCUUUUGAAGAGCAGGGAGUACGCCCUAAAUGAUUCUACCCAGGUGAAAGUAGUAACUGAAAGUUUCUCAGUACCGGAGCAACCAUCACCGUCUACUGCCAAACCUUCGGCAAAUUCUUGCAUGAGCAACAUAUUCAAGCCGCCUGAAAGAGGUGAAGACUACACAAUCCUGCAAGCACUUUUCAGCAUCGACAUGUUAAUUUUGUUCGUCGCCACAACUUGUGGUAUCGGCGGGACACUGACGGCCAUUGACAACUUGGGGCAGAUUGGUAAAUCACAAGGCUAUCCAACCCACAGCAUCACCACCUUCGUUUCACUCGUCAGCAUUUGGAAUUAUCUCGGACGAGCCUUGUCCGGUUUUGCUUCCGAAAUCUUCCUAGUCAAAUACAAAUUCCCCCGUCCCUUAAUGCUUACUUUGGUUCUCCUUUUCUCUUGUAUUGGACAUAUCUUGAUCGCCUUUGCUGUCCCAAAUUCUCUCUACUUUGCUUCGGUGAUCAUCGGAUUCUGCUUCGGAGCACAAUGGUCAUUAGUUUUCGCGAUUAUCUCCGAGGUCUUCGGCCUCAAGUAUUAUUCCACCUUGUACAAUCUUGGUUCGGUGGCAAGCCCGGUCGGGUCCUACAUUCUCAAUGUGAGAGUCGCCGGUCGUUUAUAUGAUAAGGAGGCUUCGAAGCAAAUCGAAGCUUUGGGUGCCACGAGGAAGGCUGGGCAGGCGCUGACAUGCACGGGGGCGCACUGUUAUAGGAUGGCUUUUAUCAUAAUCACGGCGGCAACGUUGUUCGGUUCCCUUGUUUCAGUUGUUUUGGUGCUUCGGACGAGGAAUUUUUACAAAGGUGAUAUCUACAAGAAGUUCAGAGAGGAAGCAAAGGCAGCAGAGAGUGAAAUGGCUUCGAAUGGAAAUGGUAUUGGACCAUUGAAAGAAAGUGAAGGUGGAGAUAGUUCCGUUGCCCCAGCCAAUGCUCUGCCUCUUUCAGAACCACCGACACAUGCAAGCACCAACCAUCAUUAAACCAUAGAUUGAUUAUAAAAUAACACUUAGUUGGACUAAAGGUGCUUCAGUGUUUAUGAUUUGUGCAAUACCUAGGAGAUUCUCUAAUAAAUUAAAGUUGGUCCAUGUGCCCAUAUGAUUCA